UUCGAAGCAGAACUUCAAAAUUGCAUUACAUAUAUACAAACAUGUCUAUGUGUGAAUACAGCAGUCUGGGGAUCUGGUAACUCACCCGAUAAGAAAGUGCAAUCGAUUUUCUAGUUUAGUUGUAUUCGGAGUGUUCUUUUUCCGGCGAAUAACCGUUUUCUGAGAGUCUUUUGUCUAAGCAAAAUAAUGAUUUUUGAGCAUGCAAUUGACAAAGUUAUUGAAAAGCUAAGCUUUUCAGACCAGGAUUAUCAGACCUGCAUCAGUGAUGUGAAGCAGAUAGUGGAUGCAUUGGAUGCGGCUUCCAAAAAGAAGACAACAUAUUUGAGCGACAUUUUCACCGAGCUGGGAAGCACUGUGACAUUUAUGAAAGGAAACGCCAUUGAUUCAAUGCCCGACUUUAAUUACUUUCUGCCCUUCAAGAUGCCUCUAAAAAUGAAGCCAAUCUUUCAUUAUCAGAAUCGGAAAAACUUACUGCGUCUCAAGAGUAAGGAGAAGCAUGUCCUUGUGGAAGGUGGCUUCGUCUCGGCCGAAUAUUUCCACGUCCUAAUCAGCAAACACGUGAAGAGCAUAAUCGAUGACCUGAAGACAAUCGAGUGCGCUGGCAGAGUUUAUCAAUUGUCCUGGCAUAUUCGUAAGAUGGGCAAUCAGAUCUUUGGGCACAACAUUAAGGCACUCCAAGUGAAUGAGGAGGAGCCGGAGCCGAUUGAAAUCACAUUUGAUUUUGUUCCCGUCUUCAAAUUUCUAAUCUACGAGACGCCUCUGCCCAACAACGUGGCCGACAAUGUGGAGGGUGCUCGCUAUUGGAUAAUCUGUAGUGCCUUUAUACAGGAUGAGAUAUCAGUAUUUUCUAAGGUCACCCCGUUCUGGCAGAUGCUGAAGCCUGGUCAGAAAGACAAAGCCAGAAACACGGUUCGUUUGAUUAAGGCUAUAGCCAGAAAGCAUAUGGAGGAGCAUUUUCUCGAGGUUUGCAGUGCCAAAAGCGAAAUCUUUUGGCGUAUUCAGGAGCUAGGAACAGCCUAUGACAACUAUACGCAAAUAGCUUUGUUCAUGGAUAUAUAUGCUCGUAUCAUUAAUAAUAUUAUUACCAAGUUCAGCCCGAUUUUGAAUCUGUCAAAGACUUUUAAGUUUCUGAAGCCAUUCGACGAUGUUCUGAAGCUCAACGAGUUUCUGAAGACACUUCAAUGGAAUGGAGACUUCAACCUCAAUGAAAUGUUCGCAAUGUUUGGCCUGCCCGCAGAAAUAUGAUUGUUGCAAUUUUUUUAUGCUGAUAACUUAAUUUCUGUUUUUAUGUAUGAGUAGAUGGGUUCGGUGCCGUAAACAAAUUAGAAAUCAAAACAAACUGCGUCGUGCAUUCGGAUU